AUGCCGAGCGUACAGAUGCAGAAGACGCGGCCAGCGCCGCCGGUGACCAAGACCCGACUUACUCAAAAGCAGAGUCAGGAGAUCGUUCAGACGCUUCUCCUUGGAGGACUCAGCACGCUCACCUGGACGCGCGAAUUCUUCGCCGAAAAGGUCUUCACUUCACAGUUUUACCCCAAUCAUGAUCGCAUACCCUCCUACAAAGACGUCUCCAAUGGCAAGCUGCCUCAGAAAAAGUCGGCCUUGCCUGGCACAUCGAUGCAAGUCCUUCAACGUCACCGCAGCAAGCGUGCCGACUUGUUUCUGGACUGGCUGGAGCAGGGAGCCUUUCCCGCGCUGAAACAAGGAACUCUCCACGCCGUGCAAGUCUGCGUACACCUGAACUCCGACGAUCGCGAACAAGUCGUUGAGACAUACACCUUCACCAUCAAAUACCACACGGAUGAAAGCAGUGGGGAGACACUCGCUGGGCUUGAGGUCGAUGGUCCUAAAGGCGAUCCCCUCACGCUGGAAGCUACAAGCGAGGCCAUGCAGAAGAUGAUCCGCGGCAUCACAAAGCUGACCGAAAAGCUGCCUGGUCUUCCAGGUGCCACCACUCUGAAGGUGUCCUACCUGCACGACCCAGCCCUGUCAGACAUCGUGCCCAGCACAUACCCAACGAAGCUCGGAUAUGGCGACCCGAUAUCCGCACAGGCCGACAUCGAUAUUUCUCUACCACAAGAAGCCGACGCCGAAACUGUUGUCUCACAAACACCAAAGGAACGUCAGGUGUCAUUACCCUCAACCCUUGGCAGUGAUCGUGGAGUCGAUCGUCUCAUCACUCAGAUGGAAACGCCAUUGCCGACCGCGGCGAUGGCAGCAAACAGGAAAGACUCGGAGAGUCCAGCGCUAUCUGAGCGCGAUGCGAAUACGCAAUCGAGUGUUGUGCCUCGAAUGAAGAGCGCUUUGGGUGGCAUGAUGCUACCGGAGCACUUGACGCAAGGAGACACCCAAACACAGAUGCCGAUGCGUCGCCCGACGGCGGCGGCCAGGACAAUCAGUCGUGUUCCAAACUCUCCGAUUGAGAAAGAGAUGUCCACGGCUCGAGAGGACUCGCUCAAGCAACAACCGCCAGUGACAACCAAAAUGAUGCUGCUACCCAAGUUGGCCAAUUUGUUGGAGGCAAAGAAGUCAAAGCUUCGCAAGACUGCGCUCAGUCUCAGUCAAUCCACCAAUACAGAUGCAGACAAGGAAGAGAGAGUGUUGUGCCAAUGUGGACUUGCGCGUGAUGCAGGUGAUAUGGUCAACUGCGUUCACUGUGAUACAUGGCAGCACAUACACUGCUACGGGUUCUCGGGUAGCAAAGAUCCUCGGCUUCCCGACGAGCACACAUGCUAUCAAUGUCUUCUUGGAGGCAUGGAUGAGGAUCUAUUGACGAAAAUGGAAGAUCUCGCCCUCCUGCGCCGUGGCAUGGGCAUUGUCCUCCACGAUGGACUGCAGAGAAAGACGGACCUGGGCAAACUCAUGGGUGAGCGACAUUCAGAAGCUCAUCUUCCAGCUCAAUCGAUUGACCGUCAAAUAGGCAUCUCCCCAAGCACUGCGCAGACUUUGCAUACCCGCCUCCGUUCCUACGUCGUCAACGCCCGAGGCUCACAUAAGCCGGGCUUCGCAGCGACGGGAAAUGCUCCCUGGGUCCCAGCUCCACCCGGACAUCCAAACCACGACCUGAUGUUGCGCGAACUGUUCGACCCGCUGCGACAUAUCGAGCAUUGCUACGCCACACAACCCGCCGUCACCAAGCCCAUCGUCGAACAACUUCUAGCACUGCGCUCGGGAGCAAUGCCUCCACCUUCCACGCCCGCCUCAGUUUUCAACAAGAAACAUGCUUCCGCCACUCCCGCUGAUGGUCUGGACCUACGACCUUCGAUGUCGCCGUUCACGACUCCAUUGCGGGUACCAACCGGCAAGAGAGGUCGAGACGAAGACGAGGAGAUCUUCGAUACCCCGGCUAAGCGGCAAGCCUCGACGACUCCGCUCUACCAUCGAUUGAAGAGUGUACAGAGUCAGUACAUCCUGAAUGCGGACGGGAAGAGCAGCAGCCCAGCUGGACGAGGAGAUUGA